UCUCUCCGCUGCUCAUUUGCUCCGCGUCUCCGCUCACUCCUUCCGUUCCCAGCCACAAAUCCGCGGCGUUCAGUCCAGUCAAGCAGCACGAAUCGAGCGCUUCUAAAUGACCAUCCGCGCGCGUAAAGCGUUUCCAUUCACCACAACCGCUCCGCUGUCACCCAGCGCGCCGCGCUCGGGCUUCUUCCCGGAGGAGAAAGAGAGAGACUCUCCAUUUGUUUGCCUUUUUUGCGCCGCUUUGGGUGUAAAUGUUGAAGCUUGAAUGGCUGGAGCUCAACCUGGCGUUCAUGCGCUUCAACUCAAGCCGGUGCGCGUGUCCGAGAGUCUGAAGCGAGGCAGUAGAUUUAUGAAAUGGGAUGAGGAUUCGUCGACGGUGACUCCCGUGACGUUGCGUGUCGAUCCUCAAGGAUACUUUCUGUACUGGACGGAUCAGAAUAAGGAAACAGAUCUAUUGGACAUCACCUACAUCAAAGAUGCAAGAACGGGGAAAUGCACCAAGACGCCAAAGGAGGCCAAGCUGCGGGAGCUGCUGGAUGUGGGGAAUCUGGUGGGCCGGAUCGAGAACCGGAUGCUGACGGUGGUGACGGGGCCAGACAUGGUCAACAUCCAGUACCUGAACUUCAUGGCCUUCCAAGAAGACGUCGCCAAGGAGUGGGCCGAUGAGCUGUUCAGUCUGGCGUCGAACCUGCUCGCUCAGAACAUGGGCCGAGAGUCCUGUCUGGAGAAAGCCUUCACGAGACUCAAGCUGCAGACGAAUCAAGAGGGUCGAAUCCCAGUGAAGAAUAUAUUCCGCAUGUUCUCGACGGACCGGAAGCGCGUGGAGACGGCGCUGGAGAGCUGCAGUCUUUCGUCCGGCCGGAACGACUCUAUCCCUUUGGAGGAUCUGACGCCUGACGUUUACAAAUCGUUCAUCAACAACCUCUGCCCACGAUCUGAGAUCAACCAAAUAUUUGCUGAUCUCGGAGCGAAGAGCAGAAACUAUCUGUCCGUGGAUCAGAUGACAGAGUUCAUCAACAACAAGCAGCGGGACCCGCGUCUGAACGAGAUCCUGUACCCUCCGCUCAAACCCGACCAGACCCAGCUGCUCAUGGAGAAGUUCGAGCCCAACGCGGCCGUGAUUCAGAAAGGGCAGAUCUCAGUGGAGGGCUUCGCCAGGUAUCUGAUCAGUGAAGAGAACAGCGUCAUCCCUCCAGAAAAACUGGACCAGAGUGAAGACAUGACCUUCCCUCUCUCCCAUUACUUCAUCAACUCCUCCCACAACACCUACCUCACAGCGGGGCAGCUGGCGGGGAACUCCUCUGUAGAGAUGUACCGUCAGACGCUGCUGUCCGGCUGUCGCUGUGUGGAGCUGGACUGCUGGAAGGGCCGGACGGCGGAGGAGGAGCCCGUCAUCACACACGGCUUCACCAUGACCUCCGAGAUCUCCUUCAAGGAAGUGAUCGAAGCCAUAGCAGAGUGUGCUUUUAAGACGUCUCCGUUCCCCAUCAUCCUGUCCUUCGAGAAUCACGUGGACUCCCCCAAACAGCAAGCCAAAAUGGCAGAAUAUUGCCGAUCGAUAUUCGGGGACGCUCUCUUGACGGAGACUCUGGAGAAAUACCCUCUCGAGUCCGGCGUUCCUCUGCCGAGCCCUCAAGAGCUCAUGGGAAAGAUCCUGGUCAAGAACAAGAAAUCUCACCCCAAACCCUCAGACGGCAGCGCGAAGAAGAAGCUGUCCGAGCAGGCGUCCAACACCAACAGUGACUCGUCCAGCGUCUUUGAGCCGUCGUCUCCCAGCGCUGGACCUGCAGCUCCCGCGGAGGUGGAGGCUGAGGACGAUGAGGAUGAAGAUGAUGAUGAUGAUGACUGUAAGAAGUCCAUGGACGAGGGAACAGCAGGAUCUGAAGCCUUUGCCACUGAAGAGAUGUCCACCCUGGUCAACUACAUCCAGCCCACCAAGUUCCACUCGUUUGAGAUUUCCAAGAAGAGCAAGCGCAGUUAUCAGAUGUCUUCGUUCGUGGAGACCAAAGCCCUGGAGCAUCUCACCAAGACGCCGGUGGAGUUCGUCGAAUACAACAAGUUCCAGCUGAGCAGGAUUUAUCCUAAAGGAACGCGCGUGGAUUCCUCCAACUACAUGCCGCAGGUCUUCUGGAACGCCGGCUGUCAGCUCGUCGCGCUCAACUUUCAGACCAUCGAUCUGUCCAUGCAGCUAAACCUGGGCAUGUACGAGUACAACGGCAAGAGCGGCUACAGACUCAAACCGGAGUUCAUGAGACGACCGGACAAGCACUUCGACCCCUUCACAGAGAGCACCGUGGACGGCAUCGUAGCCAACACCUUGUCAGUGAAGAUCAUAUCAGGACAGUUUCUGACUGACAAGAAGGUGGGCGUUUAUGUGGAGAUUGACAUGUUUGGGCUCCCCGUCGACACGAGACGAAAAGCCUUCAAGACAAAGACGUCCCAGAGCAACGCCAUUAACCCCGUGUGGGACGAGGAGCCCAUCGUCUUCAAAAAAGUGGUGUUGCCCACGCUGGCGUCCCUCAGGAUAGCUGUCUAUGAAGAGGGCGGCAAGUUCAUCGGCCAUCGCAUCAUCCCCGUCUCAGCCAUCCGUCCGGGUUAUCGUUACAUCGGUCUGAGAAAUGAAAAGAACCAAGCUCUAACUCUUCCUGCUAUAUUUGUGUAUAUCGAGGUGAAGGACUACGUUCCCGAUACAUUCGCCGACGUCAUCGAAGCGCUGUCCAACCCCAUCAGAUACGUCAACCUGAUGGAGCAGAGAUCCAAGCAGCUGGCGGCGCUCACUCUAGAGGAGGGAGAAGAGGAGAAAGACACCAAGGAGGCGGAUCCCGGUGUUGAAAACCCUUCGGAGGUCAAAAGCGAGCCCAAACCCGUCCCGGUGGAGAACGGCCUGAGUCACGCUCCCAGCGCCGCUCCGAAGCCAGCGUCUCAGAUCAGCACACAGCCGCAGUCCACAGGCUCCAGCAAACCAGCGGUGAAGACUGAAGAUCUGAUUCAGAGCGUCCUCACCGAGAUGGAGGCUCAGAGCGUGGAGGAGCUCAAACAGCAGAAGGGCUUCGUCCGAGAGCAGAGGCGACACUACAAAGAGAUGAAGGACCUGGUGAAGAAACACCACAAGAAGACCACCGAGAUGAUCAAGGAGCACACGGCCAAAUACAACGAGUUCCAGCACGACUACCUGCGCAAGAGAGCCGUCCUGCUGAAGUCUGCCAAACGAGACGGUAAGAAGAGGUGCUUGUCGUCCAGCCCUGAACACGGACCCUCGUUCUUCGAGCAGGAGCUGGUCAGUCUGGAUCAGGACAGCGGUCAGAAACUCUCUGAACUCAAAGAACAGCAGCAGCAGCAGCUCCUCAAUCUGCGUCAGGAGCAGUAUUACAGCGAGAAGUACCUGAAGAAAGAGCACAUCAAACAGGUGAUCGAGAAGCUGACGGCCAUCGCCGAGGAGAGCCAGAGCAACCAAAUGAAGAAAAUCAAGGAGCUGUGCGAGAAAGAAAAGAAAGAGCUGAAGAAGAAAAUGGACAAGAAGAGACAAGAGAAGAUCAAUGAAGCCAAAUCAAAGGAGAAACACCUGACAGAAGAGGAGAAGCUGGAGAUCAACCGGUCGUACGUGAACGAGGUGGUGCAGCACAUCAAGAGGCUGGAGGACGCUCAGACUAAAAGACACGAGAAGCUGGUAGAAACCCAUAAGAGCAUCCUGCAGCAGAUACUAGACGAGAAACCCAAGCUCCAGAACGAUCUGGAUCAGGAAUACCAGGAUAAAUUCCGGCGGCUUCCGCUGGAGAUCCAGGAGUUUGUGCAGGAGAGCACCAAGAGAAAGACUGAGGACGGAGACCAGGAGGUCCUCCCCUCGUCCUCCUCCACGCUGGAGAAACUCAUGCAGAAAGGAGCUCAGUCUGAAGACGACACGGAGGAGGAGAAGAAAGACUGACGUCUCAAACCUUCAGGAUCUUCUUCCCGCUUCACUUUUACCUUCCUUCCUUUCCGAACCGGCUCGCGUUGACUCCGGCAGAUGAAGGAGAGCUGGCUUUUUUUGUUUUCUACCUGACUGGAAACGCACUGAGAUUUACAUCCGAAUCAUUUCUAGUGUUCUGUUGAUGUGCUUCUCAUGAUAACCAGUAAACGCUGUUUUAAUGGAAGAGAAGGCGGGUCGUGAGGAGGUCGUGACCCUGCACGGAGAUACUGAAGACAUCAGUUAUCUUUAAUGGAUGAAUCUCACAAAAACGCCCCGGUCAGGUCAACCCAAAACAUCUAUCCAGGGGUUAUUCACUCGCAAAAUAUGUUUUGCUUAGAAAUAAAAAAAAAAAAUUUGAGACUGAGGCAAAAUAUUAUUUCUUUUUUUACACCAAUAAUUUCUUGCUUUUUCAGAUUUAUUUGUUUCAUUUAUAUAUAUAUAUAUAUAUAUAUAUAUAUAAUGUAUAUAUAUAUGUCAUCUAAAAAUAAUAGCUUUCUUUUUUUUUUUUUUUACAUAAUUUACUUAAAAGAAGAACAAGUUAAAUAGCAAAACCUUACUUCUUGUGCAGAUAAGACAUCUCACAGCAUUAUUUAUUUAAUAUUAUAUGUAUUUUUUUUUCUUUUAUUAUUACUCAAAUACGUUUUUUUUGCAAUCUGGGUUAUAUUUCACUUCCAAAAUAUAUAAUAAUAUAUUUUCUCCAAAGUAAGAUAUGUGUACGUUUAUAAAUUGUAAUUAACCAUAUGUUACCCCUAACAUAUUUCCUUUUUAUUGUUUAAAAUAAAUAGUAAAAAUAAAAAAAUAAAAAAUAAAUAGUUUUUCCACCAGAAACUGUCAGGUUAUAUUUAUAUUUAUCUUUUUUUUUAUUUUUCAGGAUCAAUUUUCACCCUCUCUUAACAGUUAAACAGUUAAUUAGUUUUUUACAGAUUUGACAUUUAUUAUUUAUUUAUGUUUCAUCCCUCUCAUAACAAGCUUCACGUGUCAUAUUUCACCUCCGGAUACUUUUCUUCUCAUUUUUAGCUAUUAUUUCAUCAUUUUUAAGUGACAUUAACCCCCGUUUCGCCCCUAAAGCGUCUCUGAUCCUCGGGUUGAUUUCUCUCGGGGCUUUGUGAGAUUCACUCUCCUGGUUCCCGGUUUAUUUGCACUGAAACGGAUGAGGACUCUUCGACUCCUCUUCUUCUUGCUGCUGUUGGUUUGCUCGGACGAUUAGAGACAGACUGGUCUGGAGGUGCUCAAGCCCUGUCCCACACCGACCCGGAGCGGUUUCAGGGAUGCAUGCUUACAGUCAGCUGGCCGUUUGUGCUUCUACACAUUUGUAAAUGUCAGCAAUAUAGCUUGUGUUGUAAUGUGAUGAACUAUUAUCGAUUUGUGAAGGUGUGUUUCAAGUCUAUAAGCUUUAUUUAUUUUCAAACCCAUAACAGACACCUUUAGGUCAUUUAAAAAAUAGAUAUAUAUUUGCAUAUAGUGUUUUAUUUACUGUAUUGAGGGACCGUUUCAAUUCCUCUUGGUUUCUGUUUGGGAGGUUUUAUGAAACUCUUAAUGCUUUCUUUUGUUAUCACAGUCAGAAUUUUCCGAUUAGCAUCAAUAGGUCACUUUAAUAACUGAGCGAAUCUCACGAAAACAUGUCCAGCUCAAGAUCAGACGAUAUCGUAGUGACUCUACUUAACCCUAAUGCAUUUUUUAAUAAGAAUAACCUAAAAGGCAGAACAGCAUCACGAUGCAUGUAUCAUUUAUUAUUAUUUGCUUUACAGUGAUGACGAUUUGUCAUUAAUACGUUACAAAAAAUCAUUUAUUUUUUGCAAUAAAACACAGUAAAAUAUAAUCUGAACAAAUAUGAUAUUUUUCAGAUUUAGUUUAUUUCUGCCAUGGAAUAAGAAAAAAUGUUUCUCAUAAUUCUGAAAGAUUGUAGAUUGUGGCAUAUGAACUAGAAAUUGCAAUAUAUAUAUAUAUAUAUAUAUAUAUAUAUAUAUAUAUAUAUAUAUAUAUAUAUAUAUAUAUAUAUAUAAAUUUAAUAUUUUCAUCUUUUUCUCUCUGAAAUGUGAGGACAUUACAUUUCGAAUUAUUUUUUAUUUAUUUUAAUUCACUAUGUAUAAAAAUUAUUGUUAAUUUUUGUCUUGCAAUUCUGUUUUUUUUCUCAAUUUUUUUUUUGCAAUUUCUCAGAAUUGUGAGUACGAAUUUCGAGAUAAAAAUUCACAGUUACCUUUUUUUUUAUUGUUCAUCCUAUGGCGGAAACGGGCUUUCAUGUUUGUGAGAUUCACCUCAGUCAUAAAUAAAAUUAGUAAUGCAAACAAAGGCAAAAAAAAAAAAUAAAUAAAAAAAGAGAAAAAAAAAUGGAUAUGCACUUUGGAUGUCCCGAGGUAUUAUCAUCAUUAUGCAAUCUUUCUACAUAUGUCAGAAAGCAUGUAAUAUUUCCUUUUUACGACUUUAUUUUGUUCCGUUUUGGACGUAGGAUAUGUUGAAGGAUUUUUAUCCCAAGUGGAAUUUGAUUGUUGAUUCUUUUCUACUUUAUGCCAUGCGUCUAUACUUAGUGAUUUCCUUCAGCACUUUGAUCAGCCGUUAUUUCUACUUGCUACUGCUAGGAUUUAAUUUAACGAUUUUUACUUUUUUAAUCUUUUUAUUCGACUCCGGUCGGGUCAGCGACGUAUUAAAAGUUACACCCGGUAAGGAACGAGAUGACGUCUGACAUCGGUUUUCUGUAUAUUUGCGAGGUUUUGAUAUUUAUGCCCGAUAGCUGAUUGAAAAAAGUGCCAAAGCACGCUUCUUUGAGCUUCCCUUUCGACGCGCGUGACGGAUCGGUCCAGGAAAACCAUCACAGACCACAGAUGUUGAAACCUCGCAUAAUAUCCGUUUAGUCGGUUAUAAUGUGCUGGAUCGUUUCGGCGGCGCCAUUGGGAAGCGGCUGCGGAGAGUUGAUCGUUUGCUCUUAAUUUCACCCCGUAAUUGCUAGUUUACAUGUAAAAUGUUCACUUCUAGAAGUAUUGCAUUGAAUUUUGACCGUGCCAUUGUUUCCUUUCGACCAAAAUCUUUUUGCAAUGUAAGAUUACUUGAAUUACUUUUCUGACUCUGGUUAUUUUCGAUCAUUUUGAAGUGAAGUCCUGUGCCUUUGAAUGUUGAAUCUAUGUUAGAUGUGGAAUGUAAAAAGUGUUGAUGAAUAGAGCUCAUUUUUGUAUAAACCGUAAGCGCACUUUUAAGAUAUUUAUACUACUACGGAAUUAGAUAGAUAUGACGUGUCAGAAUAUGUAGGCCUGUGCUACUGAAUGCCACUUUAUGAUUUUCGACUUUUAUUGGUUUCUGAUCCCGAUUUGACAUUUUACGACAUUUGAUUUGGUCCACUUCUGUUAUUAGUAUCACAAAUAUCAAGAUCUUUGGAAGACAAAUAUUGUUGAAUGUAAGUUGUGCUCGUGUUGUGCAUUGGUUUUAAUAAAAUUGUUCUUGUGAAA